AUGAGACUUCCUCCCUUCACCUCGGAGCACACCCCCGGCAAGAGGGCCACGGCCAGAUCUGAAAUUGGGGCAAGCGAAGCUGGCCGGAUUAUUUUAUUCCGUACCUGGGGCUUGCCGUUACCGUGUGAUGCUUUCAGUAACCACCGGCAUAGAACAAUGUCGAUGAACUAUGAUGGGGAUAGAAGUGAGGACCGGCAAAGUGAGGAGGUUCAGUCAGCAUACAAAAGGGACAGUGACAUUGGUGAGGAAAUGAUAAUAAGUAGCGAAGAGCAAAAUGAUGAAAAUGAAUGGAGCUGGGUGAACCAACCUAGAAAUGGUGAUCCUCUUGCUGAAUCGGUUUCUUCACUUCAUACAACACAGCAAGUCCUUGAAAAUGAGAUACAAAAAUUAUCAGAACUUGGCAAAGAACUUGAGGCGGAGGAAUCCACUUCUGGUAACAAAGACCAAGAUGUAAUUGUUUUGCCAUAUGCAGAGGCCGAUAUGUUGGAACUGAAUGAGAAGAUGGAACAUCUUGAACAGAAAGUGAAAGAAGCAUCAAACACCAUCAGAGAGAAAGACUUGAGGCUUUCCAAGCUUCAAGUACUCAUCGGUGCUGCAGACAGGGCAACGCUGGAGGAGGAGGAGGCAGCAGCUAGCAUCGACCAGUUGGAGACAGAGCUCGAGCACCAUCUCCAGGAGAAACUAGAAGCCGAAAUCCAGUGUCUGGUGAUGCUGAAAGCGAGGCAGAACUGGCAGGUCCGGGCAGAGGACCGGAUGGCCUUGGAGGAGCAUAGGGCGCUGUCUGCCGGGGACAAGACCAGAAUGUUGCUCAAGCUACGGGAGACGGAGAGCAAGAUCGUGAUGCUGAAAGAGCAGGUGGACAAGCUGGAGGUCCGGGAGAAGGAGCUCUACCGGACGACUGAGGUCCUGAAGAUGCAGAGCAGGACCUUCAAAGUGUCCCUCUUUGGCCUCGUCCAGCUGGUAAUGAUAUGCUUGUCCCUGAAGAUGUUCUUCGCGAGGGUCUCGGCCCCAUUUGAUGAGGUUGUGCCGACAUGA